UUUUUUUGGUUGGCCAAACAUCGUAGGUUAUCGGCGGGCUAACCUUGAAUGGGCGGAAUAAGCACUACCUUGCGCAUAGCAGUUUAGAGGGACGCAAGAUUUGAUUCCGUACACCAAUCACUCUUUCAAAUAUGGCUAUUAACACGAUUCUUUUAGACUUCUCUGUCAACCCUUCAGCAAUCACAAAUAAAGACGAAAGGAAGCAACUACAAGAAAAUGUGGAAAGCGUCUUAUUGGAUUACCUACCUUCUUUAAAAUUCAAACAUUCUCUUGAAAUUGGUGAUACGUUUGUGUCCCUGUACGAAGCAGACAGAAACAGUUUAAUUACGGUGAGAACCUUUGAUAAAGGUCUUGUUGCGUGCAACAUAGAAUACUACAAGGACGACAACGAAAAGCCGUUGUUGACAUUCGAGCACGUGCGGGGCUUGGAGACGAGAUUGCGGGCCAAGCUAGGUAGCUCCCGUAGCAAGGCAUUUCCGGCCGUGAAGCGUGGAGCUGCCCUCGACGUUUACCUAACUACCUCAGAUGAACGUAUUUUGGAGUAUGACAUAGAUGAGGUUCUGUAUGAAGAGAGAUCACCAUACCAGAAAAUACAGAUCGUUCAUUCUCGUAGCCUGGGAAAUCUCUUGGUUCUGGAUGAUCUUCAGAAUAUGUCAGAAAGUGACCUGGUGUACACUGAGACAUUAAUGCAGAGGGGCAAGGAGAGCUAUGCAGGAAAAGAAAUAAUUAUUUUAGGUGGUGGAGAUGGAGCUCUUUUAUGGGAACUUCUUAAAGAGAAUCCAAAAUUUGUUACAAUGGUGGAGAUUGAUGAACUGGUAAUGAAGGCUUGUCGCAAAUACCUUCGCACGUGCUGUGGAACUUGUCUUGAUGAGUACAAAACAGAUAAUUAUGAGAUUAUUGUGGAGGACUGCUUGAAAAUACUGGAUAAGUUCAUUAAGGAAGGAAAGAAAUUUGAUUAUGUGUUCGGUGAUCUUACCGACAUUCCAUUAUCACCAGUUCCUCAAGGAGAAGUGUGGGACUUCAUCAGACUUAUCUUAAAUACAUCAAUGCGUGUCUUGAAACCGAAUGGAAAGUAUAUGACUCAUGGAAAUGGAGCAUCUUGUCCAGAGUCUCUCAGCAUGUUUGAGUCUCAGCUAAAGCAGCUUUCCGUACCAGUACAGUUCACACGUGAUCAUGCAUUUGUACCCUCAUUUAUGGAAGACUGGAUCUUCUAUCAAGUACAGCCAGUACCCAACUAGCAUUUCAAAUUUCACAUUAAGGAAAAUAUGCUGCACACAGCAUUCACAGCCCUUGUGAUCUCAAGAUGACAGCAACAGUAAACUGCCAGAUCAUCCACAAGAUGAAAGCUGUGCAGUCAAGAAAUGUGUGCACACAAUUAAGUCACAAGGAUAUUUUCUCAGUACUGCUUUAAAUUUAGUAGAUACAGAAAUAGUGUCUGCAAGUUAUAUGUAACUUAUGUUAACAUGAAAUGUGACUGAAAUGCAGUGUUAAGUCCCUUAAUUUGGUGCAAAUGCCAUAUUGUCAUGGUUGUUCCUCAUAAACAUUUAAGACAUGUGAAGUCAUUAUUAGGUUUUGUUAUUCUAAUCCAUUUAGUUUUCUACUGUGCUUUUUAAGUAUUAUUUCUGCAAGUGACUGUGUGUAGUACAUAAAAUAUAGCAUAUCUAUAUCUGAGUGACAAUAUUGUAAAAAGGAUAAAUCACUACUCACCGUAUAGUGGAGAAGUUGAGUUAGUCGCAGACAGGCACAACGGAAAGACUACUAAGAAAGUUAGCUCAGUCUUUCUGUGCUUGUCUAUGACUCUGCUAUACGUGAGCAGUAAUAUCCUUUUCAUAAAUUAUCAUUAUCCCAUCUUUUGAUAUAUGCAUCUUAAUAUAUUGCCCAUCACUGUCAGUAGUUAUAAAAGAUUUAUUUUCUCAGUUUUUAUUUAUGUAUGAACUGCACUGCUAAAAUUAUGCACGCUUUACAAAUGAGAGGAAAAGUGGGCCUUGUGGACUUCCUUAAUAUUAUAAUCUGGGAUAAAAAGUUAAGAAGCUGCCACAUAUAUUUAUCCACACUGACAUUCAGCUGGUCAUUUAACAAAGGUAACUCAUCUAACGUGACCAGAAGCCCUAAAAUGUAAAAAGUGAAAAAUUGGUAUUUGAUUGGAAGGCAAAUGUUACUUGAAACAAAACAGAAAACUAGCACUGUAUUCAUAAUCAAUAAGAAUGCCGGUGCAGUGUUUUUGGAGUGUAGUACCAUUCAACAGGUUCAGAAGCUUUUGUAGUGUGUAUUUUAAAACAUCCUUGUCGGAAAUAGUGCAGUAGUUAAGUAUUUGAAAUCAUCUUCAUGUAAAAGUAUCCCAAGUGUUUCUGGAAUUGGUUUUCACUGUUUUUAUUAAUGUUAAUUUUGUUUUUCUUACUCUCUUAAGAAAUUUACCUAGUACCUGGACCAAUUUAAGUUGCAAAACAUUAACUAUUUAACUAGUGUGCCCACUUUCAAUAUAUUCCGUGGACAUUGAUAAUGUUUGUGUACAUUAUUUAGACUGAAUUUUUUUGUGGCCAGUAAGUAAAUUAAUUGUGAUGCUGUGCAGCACAAUUGGUUGCAUUUAGACUGGAGAAUUCUAGUCUCAAAUUAUGAGUCAUGUCAAUGUAUCGUUUUUGUGUUUUAAUGCAAUAUUGGCAGUAAUAAGGAAGUAGUAUUUGUUUGAUUAGUGAAGUAAUUUGCUCGUAAGCACUCUGUUUCCAUAAACAUUUUUACAUUGUAUCCUACAGUCUUGUAUCUAUAUUUUAUAAGCCAAUGCAGUUGUCACAAGGUAAAAACUUAAUUGUGCUCAUAAAUUGAUAGCCAAGUUUUGUAGGUUUAUACAGGGUGCACCAGAAACAGCUUUCUGUUUUGAAAAUUCAGCAGUAAUUCAGGGGGAAAAGUGAAAAUCUUUAUCUUUACAGUAAAGAUAAAUUAUUUUUUAUCGAGAAUUAGUGUCUACAUACUUCUUGACAAUAACAUUUGGUACAUGUCCUUGCUGAAUGACACAUUCACGUAGUCUGUCUGGAAGAGAAGACACAACAUAUUUCUUGGAAUCUCCCAAAUGCAUUCAUGAAUUUCGUCUUUCAGCUCACUAAUAAUGCUUGGGAGUUGCUCAUGAACUUUAAGAUAGCCUCACAAGAAAAUAAUUAGAUGAUGUGAUGUCAGGGGAACAAACAUGCCAAUUGAUGUUCCCAAAGUGAGAAAUAACUCUGCCUGGAAUCAUUUAAUUCAGGUUUCCCGCGGGAAGAUGUGCAGAAUGGACUGUUGCUUUGUCUUGCUGGAACUAUAGAUGGUGAUACAGCAUGACAAAUCUAGCACUCAGAAUUUAAUGUUUCAGAAAGGUCCUCGUUUUAAAAAAAAAAUAAAAAUAAAAAGGCUCUGAAGAAAUACUGGCACUUUUGUGUAGCACACACUAGCAGUUCACAUGAGGUGUGUGCAGCCCAGAACUGACUUCCAUUUGUUUACAUAUCCAGACAAACUGGAGUGGGUGUAAUUUGACAUCAUUAAUCUGUCCUCUAUGCCCUCUUCAACUUUCGGAAGCUCCAAGAACGUGUUUCAAAAUUGAAGUCUCAUCAUUGUGUCCUUGUGGUAGUGAAGAUCUUUGUUGGAUACAGUGAAUGCUGGUAUCCACCAACCCAAAAGCAAUAGCUCAGCAACAAGCUAACCAUUCAGGACAACACAAGAAGAUGUAAUGCAAUGUCUUUAUAAAUUCUUCUAUUGCUGCAAUUCGGUGCUCUACAGACUGUCACUCCGUGUCAACUGACCUCCUGAGAACAGUACCGAACAAUGCAUGUAGCAUUACAGGAUAACACAGUGUGUGUCCUGUGAAUGAACAUUUAAAAGCAGUCUGAUGCAGCCAGUAUUUGUUGUAGCAUCUAAUGAUACACCAGCUUUUUGAUCAUCUGACUGUAUUACUAUUGCAAUGAAUUGUGACUUACACUCAAAAACUAAUUUGUAAUGACUGUGUCCCACACACACACACAGUGACCUAAAAAUUCAAUGUUCGUCCCCACCUUUCAUGUUCUGAAAUAAAGUUCAGUAGCAGCAA